AUGGAAACUGCAAGCAGCGAAUGGCAUGCUCACCUUACCACAAGCAUUGCGGAGUUUCCUGGAAAGACGAACGUUGUCAAUGUAGUUACACCGGCAACAGCUGGAGAAUCAGACACUACUGACAUUCUAGAGACAACCAGUGGUGACGGCGUGAAAUGUGUCUCAGUCUACCAGCGUUCCGUAAAUUGCUCCGAGUGCGAUGUGAACGCCCAUUGUAGCGACGGCGUAUGCCAUUGCAAUAUUGGCUAUUUUGGAAAUGGUCUAUGCUGCGUGCCGGAUCCACGAGACUGUGUGCACUUCCCUGGCGUUUGCAAUGCGGUUGCCACUUGCGACAAGGAGAACCGAUUAUGUAAAUGUAAUUCAGGAUUUCUUGGCGAUGGUAUUUCAUGCUUCCCAGUUCGUUCUUGCCGUUAUGAUCCGAGCGUGUGCCACGACCAUGCAGUGUGUCUGCCAUCAGGUCAAUGCAUCUGCAAGCAUGGAUUUCGUGGAAACGGUUACGAGUGCUCCAGAAUUACUCCAUUGCUGCGUCACGAUAUCGGCGAUGUCCUCAAUUCAUGCGGAAACAAUUGUGACAAAGAGACGCAAUUGUGUAUUGAUGGCCAAUGCGUUUGCAAGCACGGCUAUGUGGAUGAUACGAACGGAAAUUGUAUUGAUGUCAACGAAUGCCUCUUUUCUCCCUGCCACCAUCUCGCUACUUGUACAAACCUUCCUGGGUCGUUUGUAUGUACAUGCCCAGCAGAGUACGUUGGUGAUGGGAAGACAUGCAUUCAACUUCUUAGGGUUGGAGAACUUGGCGUGUUUUGUGAACCUGAUGGCAUGACCCUGGUGCUCAGUAACGACACCACAACAUUUGAGGGAAGGAUUUUCGUACGCGGGCAGGUUGAUAAUCCACAUUGUUCGAAGACCUUCUCCGCUCUGGAACACGCUUCUAAACCCUACAUGUUCAAAGUUGCGUUUGAAUACUGCAACGUCCGUCUCGAGGACGAUGAUACUUUCGCAACGACAGUGAUCGUCCAGAAACAUCCAAUGUUCAUCACGACUGCAGCUGAUGCCUAUGAUCUUAGAUGUAGGUAUCCGCUAGGGGUGAAGGAGGUUGAAUCGCAUGUGAACGUGUCCGACCUGACAACUUCAUCCACACUAACGGACAACACCCAUGGUCCAAACUGUCGACUGGCAAUAACCAACGAGGCCAAUGAGAGCAUUGCUGCCGCCGUUGUCGGACAAGCGCUUCGUCUACGACUUGAAGUGUCUCCUAACGAGACGUACUCAAUACUACCUCGUAACUGCUUUGCUAUCAACAUUGAGACCGGAGAGAGAUAUUCGCUCACUGAUAAUGCCGGUUGUGCUAUCGACAAUCAAUUGUUCCCUGAGUGGACGAGAUUGAACUGCGGGCUUCGUCGUUCCUCCACGACACGACGGUUCCGUUUUCGACGAAUUCGUCAUAUCGGCAACGAAACCGAGAUCGGUGAAGGCUCGAAUGACAGUGACUAUGAAGAAGACGAAGGGAAGAAGGAACUUUUCAAAAAGCUCGUGUCAUCAAAUCGCCUCGCGUUCUCGUCGUUGGUGAAAAUUCAAGAUGGCGAGGAAGAGUCUCGCAUUCAAGAACAAGUCGAUCACUGGAAAAUGGGUAGUUCGCAACAAGAAGUACUGAAAGAGCCGAGGCGCGGUGACGCAACGUUGGUGUGCGUGCAGACUGCUGUCGCCUUCGGCAUUUGCAUAAUGACGUUAAUUUGUUUGGGCGCAUUUGUCUAUACAUUUACUCGACGACCACUAUGCAAGGCGAACGUCUUGUUUUCAUCUACGGAUCCAGCAACUCCUGUUGCUGAAAUCAAAGCGGAAGCUGUUAGCCGCUACACGAAAGGACUAAUCGCGGCUGUCGCACGAUCUCCUCGAGAAAGUGAAGGAAAACACGACUGA